UAAUUGGCACAUAAAAUAGAAGAGAACCUUUUCAUCUCCUUUUAACAGAUUGUGCUAAAAAAAGGCCUUAUAAAUCGCUUCAAGUUUGGUUUACCAUGCAUUCUUGUGUGGAUAGAGUCAAAACUAUUCUCUCUCUCUCUCUCUCUCUCUCUCUCUCUCUCUCUCUCUCAUGGUGGACCUUCAUCGCCUUAAUGGCAUACCCUCCUCCGUUCGAAACCUCUGGAAAGCUUACAAAUCUAUCCUCAGAAAAUUUUAUCAGAAUAAGAAAUACGAAGCCAAAGUCGAAGCGGAAGCUAACUCUGCAGCCAACGUCAAAGCUCACGAGGACCCUGGUGAUGAUAGACUAGAGGAUAAAAGUAUGAAUGGAGUUGACAGCUUUAGAUAUAAUGGCGAUGGUAUAGGGGGAAAUGAUCCUACAAGUCCUAGACGUUUGUUCAGGCAUCAAAGCGUUGACAAUUGCUUUCCUUCCAUAACUUCUCCUCUCUCAAGAUGUGGAGCUAAGAGAAGUAAAACCCCGACACGAUCUUCUGUCUAUAGAAGCGUGAGCAGAGAAGGCAGUACCGAUGCAAUGCCCUCCCCUGGAAGCAUGAGACAGCAAAGCACGAAUUCAAAUCCCUCUCCUCCUUCCCUCUCCAAAGGCAGGAGUGGGAGGAGCUCCAUUUCCGCCCCCAUCAUGUUUUCCAACUCCUCUGGGAUGUUGAAACCCGCACCAAUCGAGAAGAAGCUCGACUGCACGCUUGAGGAGUUGUGCUACGGGUGCAAGAGGAAGAUCAAGAUCACAAGAGACGUGGUUACAAACACCGGGGAAGUAACUCAAGAGGAGGAGUUGUUGACGAUAAAAGUGAAGCCAGGAUGGAAGAAGGGAACAAAGAUCACAUUCGAAGGGAUGGGAAACAAGAGGCCAGGGUCAUCUCCGGCCGACAUAACUUUUGUGAUUACAGAGAAACGACACCCCUUGUUCAGAAGAGAAGGCGAUGAUUUGGAGUUGGCAGUAGAGAUCCCUUUAGUGAAGGCACUCACUGGCUGCACACUCUCAAUCCCUUUGUUGGGAGGUGAGCAGAUGAGCUUGACAAUUGACGAUAUCAUAUACCCUGGAUAUGAAAAGAUCAUUGCUGCCAAGGGCAUGCCAAACUCCAAAGAGCAAGGAAAGAGAGGAAGUUUGAAAAUCGAAUUCCUAGUUCAAUUUCCAACAGAACUCACAGAUGAACAACGAUCUGAUAUUCUUGGUAUUCUAGAGAAUUCUUGCUGAUCAAUUACUCAAGCUUUUUUGAAUUCUUACAGAAAAUCAACGAUUGUGUUUGCCAUCGUGUGUUUUGUUUGAACAGUAAUUUUCAUGGGUUUUAGAAUUCAGUCAUCCAACACACUAUAUGUUCAUUUUUGCAUUUUGAUUUGAACUGAAUUAGAAUCCUGUUUACAGAGUAUCAGAACAACAUGAAAUUCUAGUUAACCAGGUCAAUGAAGUUCUGGGAAACGUUUUCGGAAGAAGAAAUAAAUAAUGUAUGGUGUAUAGCACAACACUUCAAGAAAAAACCCGACAUUUCUAGCAUACUUAC